AAAGCUGGAGCGUUUGCUGUAGUGUUUUGUUUAUAAACUCAUUUUCAUUUCAACAAUGUUAUUUGUGUGAACUUGUAGUGUGUUUGCUGUUGAAUUUUUGAUAAUAUAAAUUAUUUUUUUCUUAUUAGUGUAAAAUCAGUUAAACGAAAACCAAAAAACGAAACGAACAAACGAACAUUUAGCGAAAAAAAAAACCAAAACAAAUUUCAUUACCUAAUCACUACGAAGUAUUCAUCUCACGGAAAAUAAGUGAGUUGGUUUGUGUUGUGUGAAUGGCAGGGGGUGUGAACUUGAAAAACUCCAAAAACUAUCGAAAACUCGAGACGAAAACAAAACGAAAAUGCCUUUGAAACCGUGGUCAACGAAUACAGCUUAUGCUAAAACUGUUACGAAUGAGAUGUUGGCACCUUUUUUACCAUCAUCGUUGCCAACAUCACAAGUUGAAUUGACGCUUAGCUGCCGAAACCUCAUUAACACAGAUAUCCUCAGUAAGUCGGACCCUUUCUGCAUUGUCCUCAUGCGUGAACCGUGGCAGGAUCAAUAUUAUGAAAUUUCCAGAACGGAGACAAUCGAUGACACGUUGAAUCCGCAAUGGGUGAAAAAGGUGCUGGUGGAUUACAAUUUCGAGACAAUCCAGAAAAUUCGAUUUGAAGUUCUUGAAAAGGAUGUGCAAAGUGAUGAUUUUUUGGGUUUUUAUGAGACCACCCUGUCAGAUCUUGUUUCGUUCAGCGGCCGUCAAUUUAUUGGAAAACUUGGUGGAUUAGACAAAGAAUGCGGAGAAAUAAUUAUCGUUACAGAAGAAGUGAUGAGCUGCAGACAAGUGGCUGAAUUACAUUUUGAAGCAAAAGAUUUGCCAAAAAUGAGUCCGAUAUUUCGAAACGACCCCUUUCUCGCUAUUUCUAGGUCAAAUGAAGAUGGGAGUUACUCAGUUGUGGCGCGAACAGAUCCAUGUCGUUCAACACAAAAUCCAGUAUGGAAACCGAUGGAAAUACGCUUGGCAACCUUGUGUAAUGGAGAUUUCGAUCGAUCCAUUCGCAUUGAUUGCUUUGAUAAUCGAAUGAAUGGGAAUCACAAAAUUAUUGGCACAUGUUACACUUCUCUGCGUAGUUUGGAAAAAAGCGAUUCGCCCAUGCCCUUGAUAAACGAAGAAAAACAGAAAACGGAUCCAGAACUAGGGGCGGCCGGAACAUUGAAAAUUGUUAAAAUUAACAUUACGGAGGAGACGACAUUUCUUGAUUUCGUCCGCAGCGGUACUCAAAUGCAUUUUGCCGUUGCCAUCGAUUUCACUGCAUCGAAUGGCCGACACAGCAAUCCAAACUCAUUGCAUUAUCUAAACCCCGAGCAUUUGAACAAUUAUGAGGUUGCCAUUUGCGGAGUUGGCGAGAUCAUCGAAUAUUAUGAUGCUUCAAAGCUUUUUCCCGCGUUCGGCUUUGGCGCUAAAUUGCCACCAAAUGGGAAGCUUUCGCAUCUCUUUCCCCUGAAUGGUACUCCAAGCUACCCAUUUUGUGACGGAGUUGCGGAAAUCCUCAAGCAAUAUCGCAUUCGCCUGAAAAAUGUUGAACUAUUUGGACCCACGAAUUUUGCACCAGUCAUCAAUACCACAGUCACAAUUGCGCGACAAUUUCAAAAUGGAAGACAUUACUUUGUACUGCUAAUCAUCACAGAUGGGGUCAUUUCAGAUAUGAAACUUACAAAACGUGCCAUUAUCAACGCAUCAUCGCUGCCAAUUAGUAUUAUCAUUGUAGGCGUCGGUGAUGCGGUCUUCGAUAAAAUGGACGAACUUGAUUCGGACGAUGUAAGAUUAACGGUGAAAGGAAGUUACGCCGAAAGAGAUAUAGUUCAAUUUGUACCGUUGAACAAGUUUCUGGCAAAAAAUGGCGAAAGCAUUAAAUCCAAAUCGGACCUAGCAAAAGAAGUGUUGGCUGAAAUUCCGGAACAAAUUACAAGCUACAUGAAAUCACGCGGUUUUAAACCAAAAUUACCCGAAAAGGCAGCCGCCACCGCCUCUGCCGCUGAAACAUUACCAAAUGAUGCAUCUGUUAUUCAACCAACCGCACCAAUGCUAACCUAGUUGAAAAAUAUAUAGAUUUAUUUAACAAAAACAAACAAACAAACAAAAAAUAUCAAAAAGAGACACAACAGAUUAUCUAGAUUUAUAAAAGAAACAACCACAAAUAGAUGGCUUCAUUGAUAUUUUGCAUAGAUUAUUAUAAAUAUUGUUCCGUGUGAAGUAUGUUCCUGAACACAUGUGUAGAAAUAAGUGUUUACCAUAUAGUUGAUAUUAUGAAAAAUAACAACCAGAGUCCAUUUAGAAGCUUUUUUUAGUAAUUUUUUUAGUCAGAUUAUUUAUUAGAAUCGAUGAAGAGUACAAAUUUAUAUGAGACAUUUUUUUUGUUCUUUUUUUAGAGUAAAAAGUGUGUCAAUUUUGAUAAUCACAUCAAAACAACAACAACAAAAGCAACAAUAACGGAUUUAUUGUUUUGUUUCAGUUGCAUGGGUGAUUCGAUUUGUGUUGUCUCACCCUGCUCCCGAACGAACGAACGAUUUAUUUUUUCAAACCGUGUUUAAUAUUCAUACGAAACAUUUCAGGGCAACUCAAUGAGAAACGAGCUAAUUUAUGCGCAUUGCAUAAGUAGGCAUAUACAAUAUGUUACAUGUGUCCACAUUUCGGACCAAAUAUUUUUUACACAUUUGCUGAUUAAUUUUUAAAUUGAGCAGGCCUAAUGCAUCUACGAACAACAACAACACCAACAGCAGCAGCAAAAACAAUUGUUUUUUGUUGUUUGGGUUUUCAAAGGAAUUACCGAGUCUCAAUAAGACUUAAAACAAAAAUCUACUCAAUCUUUCAACAGCCAAUCUUGUUUUUAAACAAUCGUCUCUUAUUUAAACCAAACAAACCACAUUUUAGAAUUGACUAACACUUAAGUAUGUGCUUCUUAAAUGGUGAAUUGAUUUUCAUAUUAAUUGUCCAUUCAAUUGUUAUUCUUUUUUUUAAAAAAUCAUUUAAUGCCAAUCCUAAGAAUCUACAAUCAUUUUUUUUCUCGUCUUUUUCAUUUUCUAUGAAAUGUUUAAGUGAGUGUCUAUUAAGCGAUGUUGUGCAGUGAUAUUAAUCUCUCUAGACGUGAAUCUACUACAAAUGAAUUUCAAUUUCAACACAAUCAAUUUAAAAAAAAAUUCUAUUUGAGAUGUUCAAAAAUUCGCACAAAUAAAA